AUGUCAACAACCCUUAUCCCAAACUUUGAAUGCAUAACUAAUUCCCAGGAGUUUAACUACUGCUGCGAGUUAUGCGGGAUUGGCUUUGACACUCCUCUUCAGCUAAGAGAUCAUUUAAUUAAAGAUUUCGAGCUUGAUACAGAUUCGAUUUCCUUUUUGCAGUUUAGGUUAGGUUUAGGCUAUGAGACACACACUGUAGGAUCUCCCAAAUCAGCUGACUCGUGUUCCACGACCGAGUCAGAAUGUGACGAGGUUGAAUGCCCAACCUGUGGGAAAUUCUUCAAAGGCCAUAAAGGACUUCAACAACACAUAGGAAAAGCUCACUCUAGUAAAGAAAAAGGAGUAACCUGCAGCAUAUGCCACAAGACUUUCAAGCAUCAGCAUGCUUUGACUUUUCAUGAUCGUCAAGUUCACCAAAAGGCAACAAGAGUAACUUGUGGAAUAUGCGGCGCAUCUGUUUACAACAAAUAUAUGCUUAGCAAGCAUAUUAGUAAACAACACCCUGCAUAA